GUGGUCUGGCAACCGUCGCGGCGGGAAGGUCACGUCCUCUUGCUGCUUUAGGGAAGGUGAACUGAGGACAAAUAUUCGCCGUUCUGCUAGCGUGUCGAGAGGUGCUAACCUGAGCGAUCAUGGCGUUUGUAUCAAGACGAAUUGCAACCUGCUUGGCCAAGCAGUUUCCGAAAACUGUAACGAAGCUUGUUCCGAAGCACGAAGCGGCGAGCCUGAUCGCACUCCGAAAGCUCACUACAUCGCCAUGUUCCCAAGCGGGCGCCGGCUCCGCCGAGGUGUCCUCCAUUCUUGAAGAACGUAUUCUGGGGCAGGCUACUACUGCAAAUUUGGAAGAAACAGGCCGCGUACUAAGCAUCGGCGAUGGUAUUGCACGUGUAUACGGUCUCAAGAACAUCCAAGCCGAAGAAAUGGUGGAAUUCUCCAGUGGCCUCAAAGGUAUGGCCCUUAACUUGGAACCUGAUAACGUUGGUAUUGUCGUAUUUGGUAACGACAAGCUGAUCAAGGAGGGAGAUAUUGUAAAACGUACUGGAGCUAUCGUAGACGUUCCCGUGGGACCUGAAAUGCUCGGCCGCGUGGUCGACGCUUUGGGUAUUCCCAUUGAUGGAAAAGGACCAGUUGCAUGCAAAAACCGUGCCCGUGUGGGCGUCAAGGCCCCAGGUAUCAUACCUCGUAUAUCUGUGAAGGAGCCUAUGCUCACUGGUAUGAAAGCUGUAGACAGCUUGGUACCCAUUGGCCGUGGACAGCGAGAACUCAUUAUUGGAGACAGGCAGACUGGAAAAACCGCUAUUGCCAUUGAUACGAUCAUUAAUCAGAAGAGAUUUAAUGACGGAACGGACGAGAAAAAGAAGCUGUAUUGUAUCUAUGUUGCUAUUGGACAGAAGAGAAGUACAGUUGCCCAAAUUCUCAAGAGGCUCGCAGCAGCCGAUGCCAUGAAGUACACGAUCAUUGUAAGUGCUACCGCGUCCGACGCCGCCCCGCUGCAAUACCUCGCGCCAUACUCUGGCUGUGCCAUGGGUGAAUAUUUCCGGGACAACGGUAUGCACGCACUCAUCAUCUACGACGAUUUGUCGAAACAGGCCGUUGCCUACCGUCAAAUGUCGCUGCUGCUGCGUCGUCCCCCUGGCCGUGAAGCUUACCCUGGCGAUGUCUUCUACCUCCACUCCCGUCUUCUGGAGCGAGCAGCCAAAAUGAACGACAAUUUCGGUGGCGGCUCUCUAACAGCGUUGCCAGUCAUUGAAACCCAAGCUGGAGAUGUGUCCGCCUACAUUCCGACCAAUGUCAUCUCCAUCACUGAUGGCCAAAUCUUUUUGGAAACUGAACUCUUCUACAAGGGCAUCCGGCCAGCCAUUAACGUCGGUCUCUCUGUAAGCCGCGUAGGCUCAGCUGCCCAGACAAAGGCAAUGAAGCAGGUUGCAGGUACCAUGAAGUUGGAGCUGGCACAGUACCGAGAAGUAGCUGCCUUUGCACAAUUCGGAUCAGACUUGGAUGCAGCUACACAGCAGCUACUCAGCAGAGGCGUCCGUCUUACAGAGCUGCUAAAGCAAGGUCAGUACGUACCCAUGGCAAUUGAGGACCAGGUUGCAGUCAUCUACACCGGUGUUCGUGGCUACCUAGACAAGCUUGACCCAACCCAGAUCAACGAGUUUGAGAAAGAAUUCCUGCAACACAUUCGUUCAGCACACAGGGACCUCCUUACCACUAUUGCUCAGGAAGGCCAAAUCAGUGAGGCAACUGAUGCCAAGCUGAAGAAGAUGGUCACUGAUUUUCUCGCAAAUUACUAGGCCUGAUUUCUACUGACUGCCAUUUCUUUUCCUCCUGUGCUAUUUGCUCUAGUCUGUAAAUAGAAGGGCCUGAGUUUGCAAGCAACUAUGUAAUUCUGCUUCUUCAUUAAACUGAGCAGAAUGGA